CCGAAAAAUCACUCGGCCGUGAAAAGGCAAACUCUUGGGCUUAGGCGGUAGUCCCUCCUUUCGCGUGCUCCUAGCCCCCCAGGAUUUCGUGUGGUCAUUUUUUUCUCGCGAAUUUCUUUUGCGUCACGCACGACGGACUAAGCGAAAGAGGGACUACUCGUAGUUUAACUAGUUGGUGGACAGACAACCAAUGUUUGCAUUCUGCAUGAGACCUUCUGUAAAAUACCCCUGCUGGUGGAUGGGUAGCCCCUUCAAAUCCAGUCUUAGACAUCAAGAGGGUAUAUCAUGUUUGGGGGAACUAGGAAAAUCUAGCUGACCUCCUUGUUAUCUGAGACUGGAAGUUAACUGAGCAAGGCUCUCCUGUGUGGCAAUUUUUGUGAGAUUUUUGCCUUGCAAGACUGAGACUGUGAUUAAUAUUUGAGGUCUUGCGAGGAAAACUCCUCUGACUCUUCAUUGUUUAUGAGCUGUGGGAGCUACAUGCUGAGCUAGAAAAAUAAUCUGGCCAGCAAAAAGAGGUCUGUCUUCUUGGGACUGCCCAAAUUAAAAAUGUACAAUUACAAGCUCAGUACAUCCCUCACUGUCUGCAAUUAAUAGUAUAAUUUUGUGAGUUAUUACAUGCAGCUGACCUGCCUGUGCUCACAUUAUCUCACAUGUGGCAGUCUUAAGUCUUAAAUGACAAUCAAGUGACUUGAGUGGAUCAUCCUAGGGUAAUCUAAGUUUAGAGUGGUCUGAACAUGAUCAUGAGAUUGGAGCCCCUUGAAGACCCCAGACAUAAAUGGAAGGAGGGGGUCACCUUUAGGUCAUCUAGGAUUAGAGGAGAGGGGUUUUCAGUUCCCCAUUUUUUCCAGGGUUGUUUAUGUAAGAGUUUUGGUGGAUGCAGAUACAAUGGUCAAAUGAUAAUUUCAUAUAUCAGUCUAAGAUAGUUUGUACUCUUCAAAAUUAAUAGGGUGGGUAUAUGCAAGCAAAGGUGCAGAAACUAGAUGCUCAGUUUAAAGAGGAUAUUCCAAAGACACCACAAGAUGUUGAUACCCCUAAGAUCUUUGAGAAAGUUGUCAUUCACAUCAAUGGAUACACAGUGCCACCAGCUGACGAGUUACGUCGCCUGGUAUAUUUACAUGGUGGACGUUAUCAGCAGUACUACACAAAGCGAACUGUAACACACAUCAUUGCAACUAAUCUACCAAAUAGCAAAAUUCAGGAAAUCAGAGAUGAACUUGUGGUACAUCCGUCAUGGAUUUUAGACAGCAUAAAAGCUGCCAAAUUGCUCCCUGUUGAAGACUAUCUCCUUUACCAAGGACGCAAAGCUGCACAGAAAGUUUUGAAUUUCACUUCCAAACUAUCCUCAACAUGUUCAACCACCAAAUCUUCCCCAAGGGGAGUACCCUCGGCAUCAACGUCAAACUUGCAAUCCUCUUGGGGUGGACCCUCAGAGGAUAUGUCAUCUACCUCCAUAGCCUCCCCUUCAGUGUCAAAAUUGCUCAUUGCAUCUGAUCAAGAACAGAUCAGUGAUGUUGAAAAUGGUGAAGCUCCAAUGGAUAUUAGUGAGAAUGAUUCAGUUAGUGGAGAGGAAGAAAUGUUAACAGAGAAUCCCAUGGCAUAUAAUGAAUCUAAAAUUGAAAAUGAUGGUAACUAUGGACAAGACACAGAUACUUCUGAUGCUACUGUAAAGGCAACAACCGGCUCAGAAGUAACAGCUUCAAGAAAAUCAACUGAUGAUGGCUUGUUUAAGAAGCCCAGUACGAGUGCAUUACCCAGAGCUGGUGAUCCAAACUUUGUAUCAGAAUUCUAUAGCAAUUCUAGGCUGCAUUUUUUAUCAACAUGGGGAGCAGAAUUCAAGAAAUACACAAGUGAUAUAAUCAAGUCUUGUGCAGCCAAAGGGUGGAAGGGUCGAGGAAUAGGCCGAGUUGGACCGCAUGGUCGUGUUAUAAUGCAUAUCGAUAUGGAUUCAUUCUUUGUUUCUGUGACAUUGCGGGAUCAGCCUCAUCUGCGAGGCAAGCCUAUUGCUGUUUGUCAUGCUGGAAAGAGUAACACCUCAGCUGAACAAGCUUCCAGCAGUUAUCAACAAACGUCACCCAAGAAACCGUCAUCAUUCUUUGACUCCAUGUCGGAGAUCGCUUCCUGCAGUUACGAAGCGAGAGCUGUUGGUGUACGUAACGGAAUGUUCCUGGGCGCGGCUCGUAAACUCUGCCCUGAUAUCUAUUGUGUACCUUACCAGUUUGAGCAAUAUCGUCAAGUGUCGCAAAGGCUCUAUGAUAUUUUGGUGACGUAUAGUCACGAGAUCGAGGCUGUGAGUUGUGACGAAGCGUAUAUUGACGUGUCGGAGACACUGGAAGAGAAUGAAACACCAACAGAGCUUGCGGAGAAGAUUCGCGCGGAGAUCAAGGACGCCACUCGCUGUACGGCAUCAGUGGGUAUCUCUUUUAAUAUCCUGCUGUCCAGAAUGUGUACCAGAGUGGCUAAACCUGAUGGCUGUUAUUACUUAUCACCUACUGACAAUAUUAACCUGUUCAUGGGUUCCCAGAAGGUUAAAGACCUGCCAGGGGUGGGGUGGAGCUUGGAAAAGAAGCUGCAGACCUUGGGAGUAGAAACAUGUUCAGAGUUACAGAAGUUCAACUCUCAAGCGUUACAGCGCGAGUUUGGACCCAAGACUGGACUUCUGUUAUAUCAGUAUUGCCGGGGUAUUGACGACAGAAGUCUUAGAACUGAGCGAGAAAGGAAAUCUGUGUCAGCUGAGAUAAAUUAUGGAAUCCGCUUCACGAAGGAAAGCGAAGCGGUAUCGUUCAUCAAUGAACUAGCGGAGGAAGUACAAAAAAGACUUCAGUCACUCGACAUGAAGGGAAGGUGCAUUACUCUCAAGAUGAAGGUACGGAAACCAGGAACGCCAACUCCACGAAAGUUCAUGGGUCAUGGAAUCUGCGACAAUGUAGCUCGCUCCUGUACUUUACCGACUGUCACGGACGAGGCACAAGUCAUUGCCAAACAAUGUCACGCACUCCUAAAGCAACUGAGUGUUACGCCAGAGGAUGUGCGGGGUAUGGGAAUUCAAGUCAGCAAGUUAACUGUCAAGAACGCCAGUGCUUCCGCUAGGAACUCAAGGUCACUGUUUGAUUUUAUGAAACCGCAAACGAGUGGCAAUGAAAGUGUUAAUGUACCCGCUGCUUUGCCUAGCGAAGUUGAAAACGCUGAAGGAAAUCGUGAUCGGUCAGUACCAGAGAGUCGUCAACACGAACAAAACAAACUUCCACCGUUACCAAGGUUCUCGCCGCAGAAAGCUCAGCAAAAUCGGCAUUCUGAGUCGGAGAAGAGACUGGGUGACCUGGGAGAAAAUCUGUACUUACCCUCCCCGUCUCAGAUUGAUCCCGCAGUAUUUGAAGCUUUACCUGAAGAGAUUCGCAAUAGCAUCGAGAAAUCAUAUGCCGCGAGAAAUCAGAGAAUUUCACUCAACAGAAUGGCAAAACAACAGGUUGGUCUUGAGAUUUACAUAGGCUUUAUUGCAAUUUACUGAAAAUAAGAAACUUAUGAUUGAAAUCUCUUUCAGUUUGAGAAUUGCUAUGACGUGUGCUCAGCCAAUUCAACAUCAGUCGCCGCUUGCUUGUACUUUUCUCUAAUUGAAGAAUUCAACGAGAAAUGCACGCAAACACGAAAAUUGCGAAAAUUGCUAAAUUUUGUAAAAUUCGUCAGACAAGUGGAAAUGACGUUCGAUGAGGGCUGCGAAUUUUUUACGAAGUUUGCAAAAAUGCGAAAAUCGUGAAAUUUUGUAAAAAGUCGUGUUCACAUAUACAGUUUAACGAGGAAACGAAGCCUGUCAUAGCAUGAAAAUUCAUUGCCAUAUUUCUUUACUAAGUGAACUGUUGAACAGAGAAACCAUGUGACCAUGCACAGUAGUGUAAUAUCGCAGUAGACGUUUAAAAAAACGAGGUAUACAUGGAUGCGUUAGUUUGCCACGCGGGGUUUGCAAAGUUAAUCAACUUUCCGGUUGCUCCCAAACAUAUAACUCUUAGUUCGCGCGUUGAUAUCCCUAUUUCGUUUGAAGCAAAAACGUGUAUUAUCUUCGCUUUUGCAACGAGGAAUACAUUUAACUCUUAGUUCGUGCUUUGAUAUAAAUUUGCAAAGUCAGCAAUUUUCGCAAAUUUCGUAAAAUCCGCAGAGCCGCUUUGCUGAUGUGUUAUCAUUAACAUAAUAAAGGGCAUAAACUUUUGUAAAAUUCGCAAAGCGCGGUACUAGCGAAAAAUCGUUAAAAUUGUAAAUUCUGCAAUUUUCGCGUAGCCGCAACUAACAAUCGUAAAAUUUGUAAAUUUCGUAUCUGGAUGCAGUCGGGAAGUUUUCGGGAACUUCUCGGAAAGACAGCAAAUGGAGCUAUUUUGUUCAAGCUUUAGUACACCCCGAAAAUGGUGUUACUACCGUGAAGUACGAUUUCUCGAACCCUCAUUUUUUCGAACCUCCCGAUAACUCGAACCAACUCGUUUCGAGCUCGACUAACUCGUUUCCCUUGGAGGUUCAAAAAAAAUCACGAUUCCACUGUAUUAUAAUUGCUACUUGAAAGCAAGGAAGUGUGGUAGAUAGUUUUGAAAUCCCACUUCAGUAGCAAUUUGCUCAAAACCGUGAGUCGGCUAUUUACUAACAAUUGGUCGUAAAUGCGAAAGAGAGUUUUCAAGUUAAUAGCGUCGACUUUCCAGCGAAAUGUAUGGCUCAUUACCGCAACUAAUCUACCAAUUAGCAAAAUUCAGGAAAUCAGGUACAUUGGCAAUAACUGAAAUACGAAAAUGAACUCUACAGAAAGAAAUUAAUGUCACCGAUAUUCUUAAAAUUUCGCAAAUUUCAGCCUCGAUAUUCUUAUGAACUAUAUUCCGGUAAAAAGAAAACGGUGUACAACUGAGUAUGGUUUUCAAAUUCGCCAAAAUGAUAUUCACCCCGAAA